AUGGCACCUUCUAAGCCAGCCGCAUCCAGCUCGGCUGCGACCCCGAAACCAUCAUCAGGAAGGCCGAAGAUCUUCGGUGGCGGUACCAGGCACUCCACUCGGAUCGAGAAGAAGAAUGCAGUUGAAAACGACCGUACCAGGAAGCAGAACCAGGGCUCAACGGAGGCCGAGCCCGAGGAGAACGUGCAACCGCAGCGGGCCAGACCUGGCUUCCAAUCUACCGAGACGCAGUCUUAUCGCAGGUCCAACCGAAAAGCACUCCCCAGCGACAGGUGCCUCCGAAGCAUAAGAGCCCCCCGGAGCACAACGGCAGGGGCCACAAACAGAGAUGCAUUUGUGGAUGACGGUGAAAAUGAGAGCAGACAACCUGCGCAAUACCACACAAUCUCAGAGGGAGGGCCGAGGCUCAAGAACACCGCCGAACUGAUCGUGGAGACAGACACAUGGGAGAAUUUCAGAAUCCCUUCCAACAACAUCAUCGCCAACGAGGACGUGGACACGAUGGUUUACCAGCAGAUGCGACGCCUCGCCAAAGAUGGAAACCUGACACCAAAUGGCGUGCGCGGCCAUCUGAUCCGUAGCGUCGAACAGUUUGAGGCCUGCUGGCGUAAACGGAGACAGUCGCGCCCCGUAUUUUGGGAGCGCGCGUGCGCGUGUACGUCUGGCACGUCUGGCACAUGGAUGAACCAACUUAAUGGUCCCGAUUGUCGCCAAUUCUUUCUCUGGUUGCUCUUCUACUUCAGGCACGGCUCGGGCAGAAAAGGGGCCAAUGAUCUGAUCAGAGCCUUCGAGAGGCUGGACCAGCUGUUCAAGGAGGAAGAGAAGGAGAAGGCCAACGAGCUGGACGAGCUCGACGGCGUCCAGCGAAGGCUCCGAGCGCCGGCCAACCGGUCCCUGGCCCGCAGUAAUGACCGUACCGCGGUCGGUCGAAGUGCUGCCCCGAAGAAGAAAGGCAGUAAUACCAUGCCCGAGGACGGAAACAUCUUUCGCUGGUCAGGAGAUACCAAUAUGACCGACUUUGAGCUCUCUGGAAUCGAUGUGGAGGGGCUCACGCCAAUCGUGGACGUCGGUGGUAGGCGGAAGAAGCGUGAGGAGUGGAACAGGAUGUUUUAUGAGGAGUUGGGAGCGGAUAGAGAGAGGAUCAGACAGGAGGAAGCGGGAAAAGCAGCAGGGGAACAAGCUGCAGCACAGGAAGCAGCUGCGGCACCCAAACCCCAGCUGACGACACAGGGCAGGAAGCGAAGCUCUCGGAAGCGCCCAAACCCUCCUGAGGUGGACAAUCUGAUGCCAGAGAUGAACCAGCAGAACGCUGCCAAGGCCGGCAGGAAAUUCUCAGAGUUCGAGGAGGACGAGGAGGACGAUGACGGGGAGGAGGAGGAGGAGAGGCUGAGAGCAGCAGCUCUGAAGAGGCAAAAACUCCUCGAGAGGCACGCAGCAAGGGGUGGCCCCAAGAGCGACUGA